AUGGCAGCAUCUACAGUCUCCAAAGAUUCAGAGGGUAUAUAUACUGAACUGGCCUCCACAAAACAAGAUGGAUACAGCACUCUGGGCCACACCACACUCAACAGCUCAAGAGCUCAGCACACAGAGAGACUGUGCAAGCCCUGUCCAGAGGGCUGGGAGCAGUUUUCUUCCAAGUGUUACUACUUCUCCACUGAGGGGAAGAGCUGGAUGAACAGUCACAGAGACUGCUUAAGACGGGGAGCUGACCUGGUGAUUAUAGAGAGUGACGAGGAGCAGGCGUUCAUCAACAAAUACAUGCGAGAUUUUAACUGGAUUGGACUGAGUGACUUAGAAACAGAGAGAAUCUGGCUCUGGGUGGAUGGAACCCUCCUGCAGAAAAACGACUGGGAAAGUGGAGAACCAGAUAAUCAUUACAAUCUAGACAGUGUCAAAUACUCAGGUGCGGACUGUGCAAUUACUUACCCUGGUGAGAAUGUAUGGCUGGACGUAGGCUGCCAUUUGCCCAUUCCCUUCAUCUGUGAGACUGAUGCUCUGCUUCUUUAAUUGCCAAUGAACCUGUGGUUAGGAAUCAGAUUUUAUGGAAAAGUUAUGUCAUUAAACUUGGUUAUGAAUUUGUGUAUUCUCAGAUUAACUGAAAUGUUAAUUCAGUGAAAUAAUGUUCAACUAAGCUACUUAAAUGGAAUUGGUUCAUUGAUUGCUGUGCUCCCCAAUGUAAUAUUCAUAAUUCUGCUCUCCAUCAAGUACUGCUCUUAGUACUUUUAAAAAUGAGUAUGUCACUAAAACGUGCUUAGAUGUAGCUCUCUGAACAGGGGCUGUGACGCAAAGCCAUAAACCACAUGUACCCGCAAAAUGGUUCUGUAUGCGACUCAAUCAUGGUAUAAAUUAAAUAAUUUGCCCUUCAUUUUUUCUUUUUUGCUUUUGCUCAUCUGUACAUAAACCAAUUUAGACAAAAAGCAUUCAAAAAUCAAUGUUGUUGGAGGUCUGUGUAAA